AUGAAUUCAAUCGAUUUUUAUUCUAACGAUAAACUGAAUCGUUCUCCAACUACUACAGGCACAACUCUGUGCUCGUUGCCGUUAGCGGUUGGCUCAUGUACUGCACCGUCGACUCGUUUCUACUAUGAUUCGUCGUCAACGUCCUGCAAACGUUUCACGUACUCCGGCUGUGGUGGAAAUGCUAAUAAUUUCCAAUCGCUGGCGAGUUGUCAGGCGACAUGUGGCUCAUCUGGUAUUUCUUUUCUAACAAAACCAUUCUUUGACUUCACUAGUAAUAGGCGCUACAGCUUUAUAAGAAUCACCGGUACUUCGCAAUGCCCUGUUGAUGCCAGUGAUGGGCUGAACUGCUUCUUCGCGCAUAUCGACGCGUGUAACUCGGGCAGUGAUUUCCUUGGACGCGAGAAUACGGCAACUGAUUACUGUAUUAUGUGGAACAUUUUUGUCACCGGCGGGCUACUUCCACUACCUUCUCUCCAAAUUCAACAGAAACAUGAAGGAUAUGUUCACAAGAUAACUUCUGAACAGAUAUUCCGUUUGUUUCGAGAAAGCGAUGACGUAUGCGAUGUCGUCGAGGACAACAUUAGACGGUUAAUGCAGGAAGAGAAUAUUCCUGCUUAUACGAUGGAAGGGGAUGCGUUCAAAAUGUGGAGAUAUGAAGUCGGAACUGCUGUGGACAUGUUAACAUCGAAUGUCAAAAUUCAGAAAAUGGUGUAUUCACUUCACUCAUUUCUUGGCGGCUAUCGAUAA